GUACAGGUAUGAUCUCCAAACCCAGUCAUGAUCUUGAAGUCUCUCCCUCUCAUCAUCAUUCUUCAUCUUCCCUCCUCCUCAUCAUCUUUAUCAUCCUCAACUUAUCUUCCCCUUUCCUUGUUGUUGUUGUUGUUUGUUGCCCUUUGCUUAUGAGAUGAGAAUGACUUUCACAUGUAACUUGUACGUAGCAACGUGCUGAUUACUUUAUAUAUAAAACUUUUCCACUAUUUUGAUUAUUCAAAUUUAACUUUUCUAUUGAUUGUGAUUAACUAAUCCAGUUUAUACUAUUUAAAAAAGGUGUCAAUAUGUAUUCUAAUCAUUAUCAUGAUUAGAUUGUGAACUUUUCCGCCAAAUUGUUCAACAAUUUCAAUCAAAUAUUUGAUUGUUGUUUCUGUGUAAUCACAAAUGGAUACAAUGAAAUUAAUGGAAACCAAUUUAACUACAACUAAACAACAAUCAACAACUUAUCAUGACAAUUUAAAGAUUAACAUGAUGAGACAACAGAUGAACUCAGGUUCAGGAUUAACUUUGAAUUAUUCAGGGGAUGGCGAAGGUACUUUAACCAGGAAACCAGGGAAUAUCAGUUUUCUGGCCAACGGAGGUUCCUUGCCGAGAUCAAUGGCUCUCUAUUCAAAGGAAAAAGUCAAUUCAUCAUGUAAUGAUAAGAGUAGUGUUGGUCAGCAGCAAAUUAAUGGUUCUUGUCAACAGUUGUCAAAGGUAACAACUUCAUCAAAGCAUCAACAACAAUCAUCUUCAUCAUCAUCAUCAGCCCAACAAUCAACUAAUAGUAAUAAGAAAGAAUCUAGAUUAACUAAAACAAUAACCAGUCCGUGUUUACGAAAGUUAAGAUCAACAUUGUUUCCCGGUUCUCGUGAUUCUCGUCGAGCUCCAAUUUCUGUUAAUAAUUCAACUGGAUUAGAAUCAUCAACAAUAUCUACUUCUAAUAAUGGACCUUCUGAUUACCCUGUUGGUGAAGAUAGUGAAGAUAAUGUUAACAAUAAUGAAAAUAACGAGGAAAUUGAUGAGGAUGAUAUUAUCAAUCCUCCAUUAACAACUCGAAGUCUAUCAACACCAGCCCUUAAUUUACAGUUAACAAGCCAACAAUCAGUAUCAUCUUCAGGUUCAACAUUUGAUUAUCGUCAAUAUCCUUCAUCUACACUCUCACAUUCAUCAACACUCCUUAAUCAUCAUCCAAAUCAACAAAUGAUACCAAUAAUGGCUAAUUCAUUAUGUAAUCAUUACUCUGGAAAUAUGAUUUACAAUAAUCAACCUCAUCAUCUAGCUCAUCAUCAACAGCAGCAGUUUAACAACAAUGAUUCAGUUUAUCUGAGAGAUAAUUAUGAUCAUCUUGGAAAUUCAAGAACUUAUCUUCCCACAAUCGGAGCAUCAUCAUCAUCAUCUUGUAAUUAUGCUUAUCCUCAUCAAGUGUAUUCUAAUCAGCAGCAAAGUGGAUUACCUUAUCAUUUGUAUCAUCAACAGCAUCUUGUAACAUCAACAUCAACAUCAACACCAACACGAGCCAACGGAAACAUCAACAGCCAACAACAAGCUCAGUGUUCAUCAAUUAAAGUUGAUUCAAAUUGUCAACGAUUAACUAAUGGUAAUGUUGAAGAUAUUUACACUAAAAGUCAACAAACAAUCAGUCAACAACAACAACAACAACAAUAUCACCAUCAACAGCCAACAAUUAAUGCUAAUCAAUCACAGCAUCGAUUCGUUGAGGUUUGUAGGCCAAACGAAUUGCGUCCGGACGAUAAUUAUCAAACAGUAUCUUCAUUAUCAUCUAAUACAAUUAAAAUGAAUCCAAAAGGUAAUAACAACACCACGAAAUCUUCAAACGGACAAGAUUCAUCAACGGCCAUUUUAGGUUCUCAUAUUGUCGUAGUUUCUUCCUAUGAGAAUAAUCAAAAUCAUGGAUUAACUGUAAAAAAUUCAUCAUCUACAUCUAAUUGUGGAAAUGAUAAUAAUAAUAAUAAUAAUAGCACUUCAAUGGAUGUGAAUUCUCAUCAUCGUAAUUGCCAUCGAUCACCGGACACUCCUUUAUCCAUUGAUGAUGAAUGUAAAACAGACAAUGCUCUUAAUCAUAUGAUUGUUUCAUCAAGUUCACCUGAUUUAGCUUAUAAAUCAUCAUCAUCUGAUUCAGGAAGAGGAACCAGAACAUCAGAAUCAGGUUCAGUUGAGGCUCAAAAUUCAACAUCGAUCAGUCCACCUCUCGAUAUAACAAGCCUUGAUUCUGAUCAAACAGAUUCUCAUGGGACAGAAUUGACUAAACAAAAACAGCAAACAAAUUAUUCCAAUGGUCAUCUUAAUAAACCAUCAACCUCACAAUCAUCAACAUUGGACAAGAUGCAAGCUGAUUUACAGAAAAUUCUUGACGAAGAUGAUGAACUGACCUCGGAUGGUGGAGGAUGCGGAGGAAACAUCGGGAUAAACAUUUCCAAUGGGUUAGGUUUAUCAUCGUUGAAAAAUCAAUGCAUGAGAUUACCUGUUGUACUUGAAAGCGAUUCAUGGGUUUCCGAUUCAUCUAAAACCGUCGAUGAACCUGAAACUAAAAACUCAAUGAAAAAAAGUGAUUCAAAUGGAGUCAAUAAGAAAAUAGAUUCAACAACAUCAACAUCAACACCACAACAACAACAGCACCAAAAAACGCAAUAUCAACUCGGCUCAGCGACAGUUAACCAAAACUUAUUAACACUCAAUGGAAAAGGUGAAAUCAAUGGUGUUAAUAUAAACAAAAAUGGAUUAAUGGUCAAUAGUAAGAAAGUUUCAAUGUCGGGGGACAAGCUACAACUGACCAGUGUCAACAGUCACAUGGCCAAUGGUAAUUGUAACACUGCCACGAGCUCCAACACCAAUGGUCAAGUUAAACAAACUCUAGGGGUCAAAUCUAAAUUAGCAUCGACUAAUUCAUCUAAUGGCCGGUACAAUACCUUGAGUAACGGUAAAGGUUACGGUAAAUUGUCGUCGAGUAAAAAAUGGCGAAAUCCAAAUAUGGUUCCAGAGGAAACUGGAUCAGUGACCACAAUCGGAUUAGAAUCGGUUGAUGAUGUGGACGAUCUGACCAGUGAAUAUACCGCAAACACGGACGCCUGGGAAACAAAUAACGAUAAUGUUCAUGUGAGGAAACAAUUGUCAGGAUUGGAAAACAUGUACUCCGAGAUACUCAAUCUUCUUGGUUCCCGAAUGCAUGGAGCUAAAAAAUCAAUGCAUCAUUCAAGUUCUGGUAAACUGAAUCGUCGGAUAAGUGGAUCGGUAUCUUCGCUGUCCGUUGCUAGUCGAGAUGCUUUCUACAGUCGUAACAAUAGACACUUCAAUCGACGAGAAGAUUUUGACUCUAAAGGAGCUCGACGAUUGAAACGAUUGGAAGGCCAUGUGAUUACAUUAGCACGAAGUGUUUCCCAACUUUCUUCCGAAAUAAGGUCGAAUCAGUGUUUGAUCGAAGAUGUUCAAACUUUACGAAAAGAUGUCGACCGAAUCCACGAGCAGUUACGAUGCUUUAAAACGACACCUCUGGUUGUCGACGGUGGAACAAAACGAUCAACAAGCAACAUGGGACCAGAUCCUAAGGAUUCAUCGGAGAAAUUGAGAUCUGAAGUAAUCGGAAAUACCAAAAACAAUAAGCUCGAUAAAAUUAAAAGAUUUUUCGGUGAUGAGCCUCCACUCCGACAGUUCCUUAAAAAACUAGGCUACGAGAAAUAUACUUCUAAAUUUGAUAGUGAAAAAAUUGGAUUAAAAGAGUUAUCAGCUCUUAAUGAGGAGAAAUUAAUCAAAUUAGGAAUCCCCAUGGGUCCACGAGUUCGUAUCCUUCAGGAACUGAAUAAACUUCAACCACCUCAUUCAAAUAUUUAUCUUGUUUAAAUUGUCACAAAAAUCAUCACUUUAAUCAUUCAUCAUCAAACUUUUUCAUUGUAAUAACUUUCAAAAUCAAAUUGUUAACUGAAUUAAAUUUCAUUUCUUUUUUUUUGUCUAAUUAUUUUGUCUCAUUUAC